AUGGCCGCGAAGUCCGACGGUCGGGGGGUCGUCACCGGCUUCGCCCAGCUGCACAACCUGGACGAGGUGGGCGCGGGCGGCGGCUGCGGCGAGGACGACCCGCGCGCGGGCAGCUCCUUCCACAUCUGCCACUGCUGCAACACGUCGUCGUGUUACUGGGGCUGCCGGAGCGCGUGCCUGCACUACCUGCUGGGCAGGCAGCGGGGGGGCGGCGGAGGAGGCGGCGCGCGCCAGCGGCGGCCCCCCGACGGCGAGGAGCGCCUCUGGCUCGACUGUCUGUGGAUCGUGCUCGCGCUGCUCGUCUUCUUCUGGGACGUGGGCACGGACGUGUGGCUGGCCGCCGACUACUACGCCAAGCGGGACUACCUCUGGGGCGGCCUCACGCUCUUCUUCGUGCUUGUGCCCUCGGUGCUCGUGCAGAUCCUCAGCUUCAGGUGGUUCGUGCAGGACUACACGGGGGGCGGCCUGGGCUCCGUGGAAGGGCUCAGCAGCGGCCGCAGGGCUGCGGCGGGCUUGAGCGCGAGGGGCAGGUGCUGCCGCAUCUCCGUGUGGGUCUGGCAGACGAUCAUCCACAUCCUCCAGAUGGGACAAGUGUGGAGGUAUAUCCGGACCAUGUACCUUGGCAUACAGAGUCGCAGGCAAAAGGAGAACCAGCGGCGUUUCUACUGGGCUAUGAUGUUCGAGUAUGCUGAUGUGAACAUGCUUCGGCUGCUUGAGACCUUUCUUGAGAGUGCCCCACAGCUGGUGCUCCAGCUCUGCAUCAUGAUCCAGAAAAACCGUGCCGAGACGCUGCAGUGCAUGUCAGCAGUCGCCUCCCUCUUCUCUCUCUCUUGGGUGCUGGCUUCCUACCACAAGCUUCUGCGCGACUCUCGCGAUGACCAAAAGAGCAUGAGCUACCGAGGAGCUCUGGUGCAUCUCCUGUGGCGCCUUUUCACCAUUUCCUCCCGGGCGCUCUCCUUCGCCCUCUUUGCCUCGGUUUUCCACCUCUACUUUGGCAUUUUCGUGGUGCUGCACUGGUGUGCCAUGGCCUUCUGGGUGAUCCACGGUGGCACCGACUUCUGCAUGUCCAAGUGGGAGGAGGUGCUCUUCAACAUGGUGGUCGGCGUGGUCUACGUCUUCUGCUGGUUCAAUGUCAAGGAAGGCAGGACCCGAUACCGAAUGGUGGCCUAUUACUCACUGGUGCUGGUGGAGAACACGGUCCUGACUGCCCUGUGGUAUGCCUACAGAGACCCGACCACCACCGACUCCUAUGCCGCCUCCGUCCUCUGCGGCGUCUUCCUGUGCUUCGCUUUAGGAGUGGCCUGCAUGAUCCUCUACUAUGGGGUCUUGCACCCUAUGGGGCCCAGGCUGAGGGUCUUGGCCAGUUCCUGUUGCGCUGAGCUCCUCUGGGGCCUCCCCUUGCCUCCAGAGGCUGAGCCUAUGGCCCCUACCCCAGGGCCUCGGGGCUCUCAGGCCACUCCCACGCGGGGCAUGGCUGCAGGGGACUACGGAGAGCCAGAGGAGACUGCCACGGACACCUGCCUGCCUGUAUUCCAAGUGAGGUCCACAGAGCCCACUGAUGAAGCAGGUAGACCCAUUCGGCCUGAGGGCCCCCUCAUAAAGAUUGACAUGCCCAGGAAGCGCUACCCAGCCUGGGAUGCGCACUUUGUGGACCGACGCCUCCGUCGAACCAUAAAUAUCCUCCAGUACAUCAGCCCCAACGCAGUGGGCAUCAGGUACAGGGAUGGGCCUCUCCUCUACGAGCUGCUCCAGUACGAGUCCUCCCUAUAAAGGCAGUCUCUGCUGCCAUCCUCUCUCUCUCUCUCUCUCUCUCUCUCUCUCUCUCUCAGCCUCUC